ACUUGUACGCUUGUAUGGAGAAAAUAAUAAAAAGUUUCCGACAAUUAUCUUCAGUUUAAGAGUAAAAACGAUUUAAAUUUAUCAUCCAAUUGCUUUUCAUCAUAGUGCUGACUUGAAUAUUUUUUCUAAAAGAACAUUGAACUCCAUUCAAAUGCUUUUUUAUUCAAAAAUGACUUUAUUUAAAUGACAUUAGCAAAGUGUAUUCAAAUAAAGCUUGGAAAAAAAUCAGCAGUAUCAUUCAUUGAAUAAUCAUUAGUGAACAAAUUGGAAAGAUAAACUUUUGAAAAGAAUGAGAGUAAAAGAAAUUUCUUGUUUAACCAACAUUCGUACGUUUCAAAUUCUACUUAUCAAAUCAUCAAUAAAUUGCUAACAAAAUUUAGUACUGUUUCAAAAGUUUAAUUGAAUAGCUAGAGAAUAAAGACAACGAAUAAAUUAGUGAAUAAUAUCGAAAAAUAAGUGGAUGAAAAAAUUGAAUAAAUAGUGUUAAAAGGUUUCUGAAGAGUUGAAAUAGUUAAAUAUCGAAAUCCAGAGAACAUCAUGGAAGAAUCAGACAAUUCUUACAGAGAACUUUGUUCGUUGGAAACUGUUUGCUCAAGAAAGAAAGGUUUUUUUCAUGAUUUUAUUGAAAGUGUAAUUAAAGAUAUUGGAAAGGCAGUGAUUGUAAAAAUUUUUAACAAAUUGUCAGAAGACGAUGAUCGAAUACGUUGCAUUUUUACGGAGCCAAAAAUAAAAAAUGUGGUUCUAGAGACUCUUAAUAGAGUAAAAUGCUUAUAUAGAGAUAAAGAUGCGUUAAUUUCGAAAGCUAAAAGGCAAGAAGGGUUUCAUUUAGCAUCAUGUAAAGAUAAUGAAAGAGCUCUUCUAUGCUUUAGCCAAGCCGUAUUACGCGCCCCAAUUGAAGAUUCAUCCGACAAACUUGAUAAAGGUCUGGAUCUUCCUCUUGCUUUACUUGGUAGAGCUGAGGUAUUAAUGGAUUUAGGGGAAUAUGAAUUCGCUUUGGACGACUUAGAAUCAAUCAAUCAUCAUUUGCCUGCUGAUAAAAUGAUAAAACGAAAGGAGUCUUUAGAGAAGUGUCAUCAUUUCAUCAGCCAAUCAAAAAGUAGUCUUGAACUUUACAAAACUUCUAAUGACGAUGAAAAAGUGAAAUUCCAGAAUAAUUACCGUGAAUUGACUUUACCUAAUUUAACUGGAGAUAUUCACACAUCAAUGCCAGGGCUUUCAAAGCUCGUGAUGAUUAAUGACACGCCUUCAGCUGGAAAGCAUGCAGUUGCUGCUAAUAAUAUUCAGAUAGGAGAUAUUGUGGCAUGUGAAGCUCCAUUGGCGUCUUGUUUGUUGCCUGAGUAUUAUGGCACACAUUGUCAUCAUUGUUUUGUAAGAUUAAGGGCACCUGUAGGAUGCCCGAAAUGCAGUAGUGUAGCAUUUUGUCGAAGGAAAUGCCGAGAUGAAGCUGUAGCAACUUACCAUAAAUAUGAAUGCAAAAUUAUUGCUCUGCUGAUUGGAUCUGGCAUGAGCAUUCUAAGUAUGCUUGCUUUGAGGAUGGUGACUCAAAUUGGUUCGAAAGCUUGUGUGGAAUUACGUGAUGAUUUGAAACAAUCGAAUAAAAUUAUUGAAACAGCAGUAAAUACAGAAAAAAAAAUCAGCAAAUCAUCGCGACGACGUUUAAGAAAGAAAAAACUCAAAGAAGGAUGUGUCCAAAUUGAUAAAAGAGCCUACGAUCUCGUUACUUUAUCCGAGAAACGAACCCCAGUAGAUUUUUUUGAAAGAUCUCUCAUGGCAGCAUUCCUAUUGAAAUGUUUAGAACUUGUCAACUUCUUUGACACGUCAUCAGUAGUUACAGAUGCAUUAUUAGAAGAGAAAAUUGCAGUUGGUUCAAUUCUUCUAAGAAAUCUGCAAUUAUUGCAAUUCAAUGCCCAUGAAAUUUUUGAAACUCAACAUGGCAAUGAUCAUCGAUUUCGUGGGAGCAAAACUGUAUACCUUGGAAUAGCAAUCUACCCGAGUGCUUCACGUUUUAACCAUGAUUGUUAUCCUGCUGUCACCAGAUAUUUUGCUGGAAGAAAUAUCAUUUUACGGGCCACUCGUCCUUUGAAACCAGGAGAAGUUGUGGCAGAAAAUUAUGGACCUAUCUUCACAAAGCGUAACUUAAAAGUUCGUCAAAGAUGUCUCGAGGGGCGUUACUGGUUUCGAUGUGCAUGUAGAGCAUGCACUGAAGAUUGGCCAAACUUUGACGAUUUGAUUAACAAACAGCCACGGAUUAAGUGUACAACAGAAAGAUGUAAUGGAUUGCUUGUUCUACCACAGCCAACAAAUUAUAUCAUAAAAUGUUCAUCAUGUAAAAACAAAGUGAAUUUAAAUCGAAGAUUAGCAGAUCUAAAAAAGUGUGAAGAAGAUUAUUCGAGAGGAUUGGCAUCUGUGGAAGCAGAAAAACCUCUUGAGGCUAUGGAAAUAUUAAUUAAUGCAUUAGAGAACUUUCACAAAGUAGCCGCUCCUCCACAUAGACCGACUCAUUUGGCAGAAAUAGCAUUAGCAUCAUGCAUGGCAAGUUCUGGAAAUGUAUGGAAACCUUUAAUGAUCAACUGAAAUAUUCAUCAUAAAGGAGAUGGUCACAUUAAUGCAUAUGACUUUGAAUAUUCAUCUUAAAUGAUAGUUCAGAUUUCUACCUAUUAAAUGUAAUUAAUUAAUAAGUCCG